CCUGUGCCAAGCGGAGGGGGCAGAGGGGAUGCCUGGCUCAGGCGGCCAGCUCCCGGCCGAGGUGCCUCGCCCAUGGGGGACACCAGCCUCCUGUGCCACCCACCCCCCGAGGGCUGCUGCCUGGAGCUCCACGAGACCGUGGCCGUCUUGCUGGCACUGAUCGUGGUGGUGCAAUUGGCCCUCAAGCUGGCCACCGUGAUCUGCUAUUACUUCUGCUGCUUCGUGAGGAACCUGUGCGGAGGGCAGGCUGCCACCAAAGAACCUGAAAAACCUCCGAUUCUCGUCCGCCCGGUGAAGAAAGUGUAUCCCCAAAAGCCAUCGAUACAAUACUCCGACGAUGAUCCCCCGCGACGGCGGCGCCGACGAAGCCGAUCGCCCCAACGGCGCUGUCUCCAGUGUACCCUGGAGCCGCUCAAGUUGACCAUGAACUUAGAAAACAGGCACUUCCGAUGCAGGGAACACUGUCAUCACCGACACUUGUACCCCGAUUAUCUGCCGUGCAGCUUGCCCUGUUAUUACAACUGCGAAUGUGACAACCGACCCCGACCCCGGCCCCGCACCUCCUCGGCCCCCUCAGCCUACCCCAACCCCCAUUUCCGAGAUGUCGCCGUGGGGACUUCCGACCUGGUUGUUAAUGUCCCUACCGAGGAACGCCGGAACACCAUCACGGCCACAGAACCGUACGUACGGACCCCGGUGGCGGAACCUCAGCGUCGUUCCAUAGCCAGCGGCCAGGAGGCGGAAUAUCUACCAACCGGACAGCACUCCCGGCGUCCUGCCCGAGUGUACAUCUACCCCGUCCACCCUCAGACCCCACCGGGGAGUCGGUCACCGACUCCUGAAAGGGGGCGCCGGCGUCGGACCCUCAGCCAGGACGAACAGGCGGAAUUAGAGGCGCGUGAGCAGCGCCGAGGACGGGAAUCGGAGACACCGGCCCCUGCGACGCAGCAGCUGCAGGUCUCUGCCGGGAGUCCUCCCCGGUUCCAUAACAUAGUCAACACCAUCAUGCAAGCAGGGACCACGCCAACUGAAGGCGGGGCAGCCAACACAAAGAGGCCGUCCCGGGCCGAGACCCCGCCAUCCGAUUGGGUGUACCGCUCCAAGUAAACCCUCAAGUGCAAAGCAGGGUGGAGAAGGAGGAGGAGGAGAAGGACAGACCCGUAGCUGUCCACAGUGGGUCCAUGUUGGCUUGGGGAACAAACAUUAAAGGCAAAUCCAUCCAUCCCAUAAA